GAUUUAUCUAAACCGGUGUACUCUUUCAUUUUAUUUAUUGUUAGCGUUUACGUUUAUUAAAUAAGAGCACCCCUUCUACUUGCGCAAUCUUGAAUUAAUUAAUUUGCUUAGAAUCUCUUUUGGCAAAUCAAUAACGAGUUAUCUACUUACGAUAAUACAUUCGAUUUAAUAACUUACCCAAAAUUUGUUAAAGUGAAAAAUGUUGCGUACAUCUUUUAUAAGAGUCAUCGUGAAGCAUCAUCAACAUCAAUUUAGUUCUGUUAAGAGUUUACAGCAAACAAUGUCUUCGUUAUUGCAAUCGAAAGCCUACAUUAAUGGCAAAUGGGUGAAUGCGUCAGACGGGGGUGUAUUUGAUGUGAAAAACCCUGCCAAUGGCAAGGUUAUUGGGAAUGUGCCCAACAUGACUGUUGGAGAUUGUCAAGAGGCUAUAGAUGCGGCUAAGCGUGCCUUUCAUUCAAAUGAUUGGUCAUCGCUAACGGCGAAACAACGCUCCGCUCUUCUUAAGACUUGGUUUCGAUUAAUUGAGCAAAACGGCCAGGAGAUCGCCGAAAUUAUGACUGCCGAAUCCGGUAAACCAAUAAAUGAAUCAAAAGGCGAAGUAUUAUAUGGCAAUUCAUUUCUGGAGUGGUUUGCGGAAGAAGCUCGCCGUAUCUACGGGGAAAUCGUUCCAGCGCCAGUAACAAAUCGUGAGCUUCUCGUAAUGAAACAACCCCUAGGAGUGGCCGCCUUAAUUACGCCUUGGAAUUUUCCUUUAGCGAUGAUAACUCGUAAAGCGGGUGCCGCUUUGGCAGCUGGUUGUACGGUUGUUAUUAAGCCAGCAGAAGAUACCCCCCUAACUUGUCUGGCUGUAGUUAAAUUAGCCGAAGACGCUUGCAUACCAAAAGGAUUGAUCAACGAUAAAUUGACAAAAAAGGCAGCUCCAAUAGGGGAGUUAUUGUGUAAAAGUCCCGACGUUGGCACCAUAUCCUUUACUGGCUCUACAGAAGUGGGAAAGUUAUUGUACCGCCAAUGCGCCGAUACUGUUAAACGAGUUUCUCUUGAAUUGGGCGGUAAUGCACCAUUUAUCGUAUUCGAUUCCGCCAAUUUGGAGAAGGCCGUAGAUGGAGCCAUGGCCUCAAAAUUUCGAAAUUGUGGACAAACUUGUGUAUCAGCGAAUCGUUUUUUUGUGCAAGAGGGAAUUUAUGAUCGAUUCAUAAACGCACUGAAGCAAAGAAUAGAGUCGUUGAAAAUCGGUUCAGGCGAAUUUGACGAUACUCAAAUAGGUCCUCUUGUCAAUGAAAUGCAAUUUAACAAAAUAACCGAAUACGUAGAAGAUGCUCGCACAAAUAAUGCUCAUGUGUUAACUGGUGGCAAGCGUUUAUCGGAUUUAGGCGAACUCUUUUAUGCUCCAACCGUUAUCACAGAUGUUGGACCAAACGCAAGAAUUUAUACAGAAGAGGUAUUCGGUCCCAUUGUAUCCGUAAUUAAAUUCAAAACUGAAGAAGAAGCCUUGGAGAAAGCAAAUCAAACACGACGAGGUCUAGCCGGUUACUUUUUCAGCGAAAACCUGCAACAAGUUUUUCGAGUAGCUAAACGUUUAGAAGUUGGUAUGGUAGGUGUCAACGAAGGCUUAAUAUCAGCAGCUGAAGCGCCAUUUGGCGGUGUCAAAGAAUCUGGUAUUGGUCGCGAAGGUUGCCAUUACGGCAUAGACGAGUACGUCGAUGUGAAAUAUGUCUGCAUGGGAAAUUUAAAUUACAAUUAAAACCUAACAAUUUACUAAGCAAAAUCUAAAUUUCUAGCUUUAGCUUAGAAAAUUUAGUAAUUAUUUUUUGCAUAGAUCAAGUCUUCCAUUGUUUUGUUACGUUGUUGCUAAGCUUACAAUAUAGAUUCCAUUAGAAAUUAA